AGGGACUUCACCUCAGAGCUACAACUUCCAGUCGUUCAGGCGUGAGUGUUCGCUCAGUUCAGAUGACACCUUCAGCGUGGGUGGCCAGAGCGCCCUACAGGUGGAGCGAGACUAUUUCUACUCAGAGAAGGGCGCCUGCAAGACUGUAAAGGUCGACUGCACGCCCACGGAUAUGCUGGUGACCUUCGCCUUCGGCACGCCCUUCGAAGGACGGGUGUACGCCACAGGGAACGCCCAGGCCUGCUUUGAGAGAUGGGCAACAGACAGACACAAUUGAUUCUUCGAGUUCCCUAGGGUCAACCUGUGGCACUAGAGAGGAGGGAGACGGCAAAUUCGUCAAUACAGUGGUGGUACAGCAACACCCACUCAUCAUGCAGGAGUCAGACAGGACGGUGAGGGUCGAAUGCUCCUUUGAGGCCGGGGACCAGACCGUCAGCUAUGCUCCUGAGGCUGGGGCUGGCAGGACGGGUGGAGGGAUUGAUAUCAACGGUGAUUACGAGAUUGUGACCAACUUCAUCACUGGCUUUCAAAAGAGGCUCUUCAAUGUGUCGAGUGCGCAGUUCCGGCCUGGGGUGAAUGACAUCAUCAGCAACACCGCGCCCACGCCCACAGUCCGCAUGCGCAUCUACAAGUCGACCGGCACAGAGGCGAAUAACGUGGACCUUGGCGAGCUGCUGACACUUAAGAUAGAGAUGGAGCAGUCGUCAGCGUUCGCCAUAUUCGCCAGGAACUUGGAGGCGAGGACGGAUAAUGGCGAGCUCAUGACGUUGGUUGAUAAUAUUGGGUGUCCACGCUACCCGUCCAUCUUCCCGGAGCUGCUACUGGAGGAGAGAACCAAGAGCCUCUACGGGAACUUCAAGGCCUUCAGGUUCCCCUCCACAGCCAGGGUCAACUUCGUCGCCACGGUCAGAUUUUGUCAAGACCUAUGUGAACCGGUAUCGUGUGGUGCAGGAGUAAUAUCAUACGGUCGGCGCCGCAGAAGAUCAACCAACGAAACUGACGAAGGCGAAGAUGGCGACCAGACGGAGGCGAAUGAGUACGACACCUCGACGGAGAAUGUGAUUGAACAAACAGUGGCGUUUGGUUUUGAUCCCAUUGAUAAUUAUCUCGGGUCUUCUCCUUCCUCCCGUCCCAAAACAACCAAGCGCUCCGUCAGCACCACCUCCAGCACCACGACCAACAGCACCACCACCACCACCACUACUACCACCACUACCACCACCCCUACCACCAUCCCCACCAUGAAGAAGGAAUCAAGCAAAGAUAAGAAAAAGAAAACAGAGGAAGAGAUGCCCAGUGAUAUCCCUGUUGCUCUCUCGCUCACAGUUGGACACCAAACCAAGCUUACUAUUGGAGAACCAGCCAAGCUGGUGGUAGGAGAAGACACGAUGCCCGAAGGAUGGGACGAUAGACACAGACACCGCUACAGGGAUGACACCUAUGUAGCGGACGACUACGUGUGUACUCCAACCUCAACGGUGAUCGCCGCGGUACUGACGCUGCUGGUGCUGCUUUGUGCUGCCGUGGCCGGAUCCGUUUUCUUUUACCGGACCAAGAAACGCCAGUGGCAGAAAAUGGGAAACUGUGACCCGUUCCCUCUCCCUCCGCAGCCCAAGAGUCAGUUCUACAAUAGCCCGGAGGUGAUGUUCCGUGCAGCAUACGGAGGCUUCCCUGGUCAAUCCAACUUAGCCUCAAACAUGGCGGCCUUUACAACUCAACAGGCUGUCCCUCCUAUGCACGAAGACUCCCCACAGUACAAGGAAUAGGGAGAGUCUCAAGCAAAUAUCAGAGCCUCUUUCUUAUGUUUUGGUAAUCAGAGAGUGAGUGAGUGAGUCUUCUGUAGUUAGUUGUGUGGGGGAUAGAAAACGUAAGGUGGGUGUACUGUACUAGACGUUUUGUAUGGUGGACUAUGAUAAUUGUGUGAGAGGUGCUGUUUGUUUAUGAUACUGGAAAUGAAAAAGAAAAUGAGAUAUGGAAAUAUAUUGGUUUAAUGGUGAUGGAAAGAAAAGAUAGAAGUAUUAUAAUGAAAUGGUAAAGAAAAUUGAAUUAUUAUUAUGUGAUGGUAAGGAAAAUGGAAGUCAAUAUAUUUUUAUCAUUAAUACAGUGUUUCAGCUUUGAAUAUAUUACUUAAGGAACCAUUAUUCGCGUAUUGUCUUAUGAUGAAAGUGAAGAGUUUAUUGUUAAUGCUGCUAUUGUUAAUUUAUGGAGACAACAUUUAACAUAGUUUGUAUAACUUAAUUUAACUUAAGGAUAAUUUAAUUUGUCGUGAGUCAUAAUUUAUCCUUUAAAGUAAACUCUUGUGAUUAAUUCUGAUUAUAUGGUAAGUAAUUGAUUAUUAUUAAAAGGAAGAGAUUUAAGAGCUAUAUAUAAAUACAGUCUUUGUGAGAGUCUUACACACACACACACACACACACACGCGCACACACACACACACACACACACACACACACACACACACACACACACACACGACAUUAUGAAACAGUAAACAACAUGUACAUCACUGAGACUCACACCACGAGUCGACAAUACCAGAAGCGUCGACAAGGACCAUAUACGUGACUCACCACCAUCAGCUGAAGUACACCAGACUCUGUAGGCUAUAAAGUUCCUCUUGUUCCUUCACCAGAUGAUAUAUAUAUAUUUUCACCCAGAGGAUUUUUGUGUGUGUGUAUAUAAAGGUUAAUAUAACUCAUUUUUUAUUAGGGACGUUCAGCUUUAAAUGGAUCUCUGGAUGUGGGUUAAUCUUAGCUUCCCUUUCCUCUUCCCUUCUUCCUCUUCCCUCUUCCCUCUCAUCUCUCCUCCCUCCCCCCCCCACAUCUCUACCUUCCCCUCCCCUCCACCUUCCCCACUUCUCCCUUCCUUCAGGCCGUGGCUUCGUUGUGGCUUGUGUAGUACUGAUGCACACUACGGUAACCCACACACACACACACAGUCCAUGGCUUGCAUAAGUACUGACACACACACACACACACAAGCCACAGAUAAUUACCUAUAUAACUUAAUGUAUUUUAUCUCUGUCUUUUGUAUUCCCGUUAUUACUUAUCCUCUAAACUUUCCCCAAAAGCUUUUCAUAUAAGAAUUUUCACCCAGUAUUAACCAGUACGAUAUGUUUUCCCUGCUGUUUAUGUCGCAUGUGUCUCGUCACUGUAUCAUCAAAGAUCCAACAAAUCUCGAUGCUCUCAACCCAAGCUUAUCGCCGCUUUUUUGGGGGGAGGAGGGGGUAAAUUUUAGCAUCUGUCAUCCCUGUAUUUAGAUAUCCAAAUUAGGUGAUUUCCGAUAGAUAUGAAAGUCCAAAUGGUUCAAAAUACAUUAAAAACCCAUCGGAAAAGCAUAGUUUGGAUACCUAACCUAACCUAACCUAACCUAACCUAACCUAACCUAGCCUAACCUAACCUAACCUAACCAAAUUCCUAAGAUUCCCCGGAUGACUGGAACUAAAAUAACACUUUUUUUCCCCCCAGAAUAUAAUAACCAGUACCGGACCUUAAUGCUUCAGCCGUUAUCAUAGACGAGUUUUUUUAUGCAUGAAUAAUAUCAAAGAACUUUCUGAAGAUAUUUGAUACAAUAGGUUUAGUAAAUAUAUAGUUAGGAGUGAGAUGUUUCGUAAUAGGCGGUUCAACACACACGGCCAGACACCAGGGCACAGGUGACCGCAGUGGAGAUGUUUGUGUACGUUGUCGAUGAACGAGGAAGCAAAAAGUGACAAACAUAACGUAAUACCUAUGUUAAUAAUAUUUUUUUUUUUACUUUUUUUUAUCUCGUAUUAAAUAAAAUCCUUAUACUUUUAUCUAGAAACUUCCAAAACGGUAUUAAGAAAAAAAAUCCCCCCACGUAAUAAAAGUUAUAAUUGGAUACUUUUAUUGUUGUUUCCGCUAUUUUUUAUUUUUUUUUACCAUUCAAGAGUAAGCAAGACCAGAAUGCUCGUCGUAAACUAAGAUUAAACUAGUUAUUAUUGAUUAGGUUGUUUAAUUAAGGUUUUUAGUAUCUAAGGGAGGUGAGUGACAGACAGACAGACAGACAGACAGACAGACAGACAGACAGCAAUUCACUUGUUAUUCCGAAAUCAAAACAGAUCUAAUUUUGAAAGUUGUUGAUGUAAUUAAUGUUAUUAUUACGAGUCAAUAACUAAGUAAGAUCUUCAAGCGAGUGGCAAAGUACAGGUAUAAUUACAGAUACAGGUACAGGUAUAAUUACAGGUACAGGUACAAAUGAAGUUACAGGUACAGGUAUAAUCACCAGGUAGAAACAUCUUACUCUAGUACCUCAACCUGUGAUUAUUCUUAACUAACAUUAUCUCUCAUACGAUCAAAAAAUAUUGCUGUCUGUCUCUAUGUCAUGUCUGGUCAAAUAUCAUCCAAUACGAGUCUGAGUUGUGGCUAUGAGUUAAAUCAGUAUAUAUAUAUCUCUUUCAGUUAAAAAUUCUAUACUUACAUUAUUGAGGUAUUAAAUCUAGUUUGUAUACAACUAAGUCACAAAUCUUAUAAAUGGGUUAUAUAACAACUUUACAACACACACACACACUGCCAAUCAGUUGUGUUUUAAUUAUAGUUACAACAGUAUAGACUCGAUUGUUUGGGUAAAUAGAAUGGAUGUUUAUAUCUCUGUUUCAUUAAGUGUUUACAUUAAAUUCGCUCUGUUUCGCGUGAUCUGUCGGACGUGGGGAGGGAGGGAAGGUAUAUUUUUAUUAUCGCGCGAAAUAUUGUGAAUUGUUGAGUGAAUGAUGUAGUAAAAUGAUUUAUUUAUUCUCUUAUGAUUUUGUUUAUGUAGAUGUUUGUGAGUGAAUUUAUUAUUAUUAUUAUUAUUAUUAUUACUUUCAAUUAAUUUCAAGCUUAAUUUUGUAUAUUUUUUUGGAAGUUCCAUUUACCAUUUCAGUUCGUAUCUCUUUAAUUAUCGUUCACUUUUUGCUUUACGUUAGUUAGUUAAUAUAUGAUAGUCGUAAUUUUAAGGCUUUUUCGGUAUUUUAUGAAUGCUUACCUUUGGCAUAGCUAUCUAGUCGUAUUUGUUACCUGUUUGUAGACUAAUUAGCGGCACUCUUGAAUGGUCCGUGACGAUACAAAAUAUUUAAGGUGUGGGGGGGGUUAUUAUUAUUAUUAUUAUUAUUAUUAUUAUUAUUAUUAUUAUUAUUAUUAUUAUUAUUAUUAUUAUUAUUAUUAUUAUUAUUAUUAUUAUUAUUAUUAUUAUUAUUAUUAUUAUUAUUAUCAUCAGUAAUAUUGUCAUUCCCUGAGACCGUAUCAAACGCCUCCACUGUCCUUCACGUACGUACUGCCAGUGGUGUCCGUACAAUGUCCGUACCGAGGCCGCACAUCACCACCACCAAACCUCCUUGUGUGCACCAGGAGAUGAACUACUUUUGUAUGUAACGUUAAUAAACACAGUCCUUCCUGA